AUGAAGCGUGCGGCGUUCGACCCGCUGAAGAUCCCCAUCGACAUCCUGCCGCUGAUCUUCGAGCACCUCGUCGAUCGGCGCGAUCUGCAUGUGUGCACACAGCUCCACAGCACCUUCCAUGCGGCGGCGACACCGCUCUUCGUCCGCUACUCGUUGAUACGUAUGCGCCGUGACAGCGAUCGGCGGUCUGCCCCGGCGAGCACACUGCUGAAGAAGCCGGAAUACGCCAGAUACGUGCGCCAUGUCCGAGAGACAGGGGCGAUUGGAUUCAGCAAGCCGGAGCUGCUGCACGACUGCGAGCAGGCGCUGAAGCUAUGCACGAACAUCCAGAGCUUCAGCUGGAGCGACCAGAGCCCCGACGCGUCGCACAACGACGAGGUGCUGCUCGCGUUCCUGAACAUCCUCAAGGGCCUGAAGCUGAAGCAGCUGACGAUCCGCACGUACAUGGGGCUCAGCGAGGCCGUGUGGGACAAGCUGCAAGAGUUUCGCGGGCUGACGAGGGUCGCGCUGUGGGUGAUGGAGGGGCAGCCGCGGGUGCUGCAGGGGUGGUCGGAGCAUCUGGGCUCGACGCUGACCCACCUGGAGCUGGGGCGCACCGCCGGCGUCCCCGCGUCGAUCCUCGUCUCCGUCUUCUCGCACCUCGCGCAUCUCCGCUCACUCCGCCUGAAGGGCGCGCCGACGAGCGCGAUCCUCGAGAUCCUCCGCAUCCUCCCUAAGCUCGAGAGCCUCGACACGGAGUACUUCGGUUCGGGCAUCUCGCACUGGCCCGUCGAGCCUGUCGCGCGCCUGCGAGCUCACGGUGCGCACGA